GCGGCUGACUACACCGUCACCAUCACCGGCCUUCAGAUCAGCCCCAACUGUCAAAACUUUGAUGGCGAUGAUAGCGAAGAGUGGGCGUGGACGUUCAGUGUCGCGGGGCAGAGCGUGUGCUUAUCCCGAACCACAAACAACAAUCUGCCAUGGCAAGCGGCAGUAUCUCAGCCCAUCGACUUCUCUACAAGCAAGGCCCAGAUAAGGCUCAACAUCGACGCCUGGGAGAAGGACGCCCCGGGGCCGCCAUGCGUUUGGGAGCAUGGUGACGAGGCCAGGCAACGCAUGCAGGACAACGUCGCUUUCGACCUGCUUUCUCUAAACUUCGGCCAGCAGAUCUUCUGGACGCAAAAGCUGAUCUUCGUCGACAGGCCCAACAUGUCAGGCGACCAGGGCUGUUCGACCGUCAUCGAAGGCCAGCUCCUCAAGCGUGAUACCAAUUACAUGGCAACGCCUUCUUCACGCCGUCUUCUGCCGCUUCUUCUAACUCACAUCUGA